GUUGUGAAUCUGAUGCAGAGUGUCGGCAACCUGGUAGUAAUAUACACAGCAUGGGAUGUACAAUCACACCAGGACGAAUAAGAGGGAGAUGUAAUCCAUGUAAGUAUGGUUCAACACUCUGUGGCCCACGUACAAUCUGUAAGGUAAGUAGAGAAAUUGCCCUAUGCCAGACUGAAGGAGAGAAUCCCAUAAGCUGGAAACCUUCAUGUAACUGUCCUUCAGCUGCCAGAUGUGUCAAGGGAAAUGGAGAUCAUUUCUAUUGUGAAUGUUAUAACACUGAGGAUACUCCUCCAUUCUGCAAGUAUCCCAAGAUACAAGGAAGAUCAGAUCCAUGUGAGAAGACUAAAUGUCCAACCCUUCUUCAUAACUGCCACACUGAUGCUAAUCCUCAAUCAAAGACUUUCCUCCAGACAACCUGCUAUUGUCGGGGAGGAGAAAAUGAUGAUGGGACUUGCAGAAAUACUUAUAAUCCAAGAUUUCCCAGAUACCCUAACAAUUGCCGUAAUCAACGAGACCAAUCUGAUUGUAAAACUACUGCUUGUUUGAAUGAUGAAGAAUGCAGACUUAUGAGUGCUAAUCCUCUGAUGGUCUGUAUCAAAGGAAACUGUUUGGAAAACUCAUUUAUCUGUACAACAGAUAGAGAUUGCAAGUAUUUCAGAAGUGGUGGUGGAUGUGAGGAUGGAAAAUGUGAUCCUUGUAAAUAUCCAGACGUUGCAUGCCCAUAUCCAGAAGAAUGUAAAUCUGAUGAAGAUGGAAAUAGGUUAUGUGAUUCACCAUGUGCUGAUGACUGUCAACUAAAUGGAGGAAAGUGUAAUCCAAAGACAAAGGAGUGUGAAUGCAAUAAUGGAGAAUAUCCAAACUGUAAAAAAUUGAAAUGCAAUUCUCAGAUAUGUAGACCUAGCGAAAAAUGUGAAGAGAUUGGAAAUACAAUAAUCUGUAGUUGUCCAAAUGGACAGAAUCCAAGAACAGGGUUCUGUAAUUCUGAAUGCAAACCAUUUGCAUGUGGAAACUUUGAAAUCUGCAUGCAGACAAGUCUUGUGAGCUACACAUGUGUUUGCCAAGUAAAUGACGGAAAGAGACCUCCAAAUUGCAGUAGACCCCCAUUGCCAAAACCUCCUACAAUCCCUGAGUGUCCCAGAGGACAGAAGUGUGAUGAAGGUUGCAGAAAUAAUCUAGAAUGUCAAUUAUAUUUUGGAAAUGUACGCUUGGUUUGCUAUAGACAGCAAUGUGUUAUCUUUGGAUGUGACACUAACUCCGACUGCAACAACAAGGAUGAUGAAUGUCUUGUUACUUCUGGUGGUAAUGUUUGCAAUCCAUGUCAGAACAAUAAAUGUAAGAGAGAUCAAAUUUGUAGAAUAAGAAAUACAGAGGGAAUUUGCAGACCUAUAACUUGCCCUGAACUAGGCUGUGAACAAUGUAAACGCUUUGCUGGUGUUUUAAGAUGUGUGUGUCCUGACAGGUCAUUAAGAUAUCCUGACUGUGAAAAACCAAAAGAAUGCUCCCAAAGAAUUAACUUUUGUGGAACCUUUUCUCAGUGUACUCAAAUGGGUAGUGAAACCAUUCAUUGCACUUGUUUGCAUGGUGGAACUCAUCCACACUGCGAGGCACCUAGAAAUUCCAUUUGCUCUCACACCACAUGCAGAAGUUUACUUUUAAGGUGUGAAGAGAAGGGUGCAUUUGCACAGUGCACUUGUAGGUUUAAUGGACAGCUAUCCAGAUGUGCAUGGCCUACAAAUGUGUUUCCUAGUAAAGGGAAUGAUGAGUGUGAAAAUGAUUCAGAGUGCCAAGAAACUUUUCUUGUUGACUACUUUUGUUACAAGGGCAGAUGCAUCAUGCAGGGUUGCCGGACAAGUAAACAUUGCCCCAUAGGAAAAUGUUCCUUUAAUGGAUUGUGUGAUCCAUGUCUGAGAAAUCCAACAUGUGAAAGAGAGGGCAAAACAUGUUUAGUCAAAAAUGACAAUUUUGAGUGUCAAUCAAGAUGCAAGAAAAGUUGUCCUGAAAAUCAAGUUUGUGAAAAAGUAAAUGGAAAUUAUCAAUGUGUCUGCAAAAACAAAUUCAAACCUCCGAAAUGUAAAAAUGAAUGUGAAAAGUGUGAUGGGUCUCCCACAUCAUAUUGUGACUCUUUCUUAGAAAUAUGUUUAUGUAAAAAUCCAUUCGAGAAUUUUCCUGAUUGUAAAUGUGAUAGAGACUGUGGACCUAAUAGCAUUUGUCGAUCAGGAAAUUUUCAAGCCGCAUGUUCUUGUAAGGAAGGUUUUGAGGGAAGUCCACCUAAUAUUCAAUGUGAAGAAAAGAAAGACUGUAAAAAGAGGUGUGAGAGUGGUAAAAUCUGUGCUUUCAAGAAUGGCGUUGAGACUUGCGUUUGUAUUAACAGAGAUUGCUCCCAGUGUAGAAAGAGCUGUGGUAAUGGUAUAUGUAGGUUUGUACCAAAUACAGACAGAGAAAUUUGUGUAUGUGAAAAUGGGGAGGAUCCCCCCAGCUGUCAGCCUUUGUAUGCUCCAUUCUGCAAAGAACCGUGUGGUUUAGGGGAAUGUCAAGUUAUUGCAGAUGGAGUUGCAGAAUGUGUAUGUGAAAAUAAUGAACUCACUCCCCCAGACUGCAGUCCAAGAUGUAACAAAAGAUGCAAGAAAAAUGAAAGAUGUGUUAUUCAAGAUGAGACUGAAUAUUGUAUUUGCAAGUUCAGUGGAAAAUCACCAAAUUGUGAUGAUGACCCUUGUGAUGCUAUUUACUGUGAUCCAUCUGUUUCUAAAUGUGUUGUGAUAAGGAACAUUCCCAAAUGUCAAUGUCAUGUAGGAGGGUUUGUAGACACAAAAUGUGAAGAACCUGACGAUUGCUUUCAAAAGAACUGCUUACCUGAAGCUCGGUGUAUUCUCAAAAACUCUAGAGCUGUUUGCAUUUGUAAAAAUGGAGGAGAAUAUCCUAAUUGUGAUUUUAAAUGUGUUGAUAAAUGUCCUAAAAAGUUUGGAAUAUGCCUUUACAAUCCUUCAGAAAAGAAAAGUGAAUGUGUAUGCAAGAAUGGAAUAGGCAAAUAUCCCAACUGUAAAUUUGAUCCUUGUUUUACAAAACAAUGCCCAGCCAAUUCUGUAUGUGUUGUAAAUGUUGAUUCUGGUAAUAGCCAAGUCAGAUGUAGCUGUAAACCAGGAUUAGCAGGGAUAUCUCCAUUCUGCUAUCCCAGUUGCAGAAGUUUGUUGUGUUCUUUUGAUCAAAUCUGUGUUAUUAAAGACAACAGAGCAACAUGUGUGUGUAAAGAUGAGGGAAAAACACUCCCAUUAUGUGAGAGUAAUCCAUGUGAAAAUAUAGAAUGUGGAGAAAAAAGCAUAUGUAUAAUCAUAAAUGGAUUUGGUGUCUGUAGAUGCAAGGAUAACUCUUUGAGCUACCCUAAUUGUCAAGACCAAAUUGAUCCUUGUCAACUAAAUAUUUGUGCUAGUAAUGGUGAAUGCAGAAUUACAAGAGAUGGUCGCUCCAAGUGUGUUUGUGCAAAUAGAAAAGGGUCUUAUCCUAAUUGUGAUACUCCAUGUCAAAUCAAUUGUGGCCCUAAAAAAAAAUGCUUUGAGGACCAUUCUACAGGAGUAAAUACAUGCCUUUGCACUGACUUGACACUUGAACUUCCUGAUUGCUCCCCCUCAUGUCCUGAUGGUUGCAAUGAAGGUUCAACCUGUAGAAAUGGGCGCUGUGUUUGUGAUGAUCCCAAUAGAAGAUAUCCUAAUUGUCAAUCAUGUGAUGAUUUUAAUUGUGAGAACAGCCAAUGCAGGGAAGUUAAAGGAGUUCCAAGAUGUGAAUGUGAUGAUGGUUCUGAGCCACCGUGCUUUGAUUGUAAGGAAAGAUGCCCUAAAAAUAAAGAAUGUUUCAAAGGAAAGUGUCAGACAAAGUGUAAUUGCAAUGAGAACAGCAUUUGCCAUAGGAAAAUAGACACAAAUGAACCAUUUUGUGUUUGCAAGGAUGGGGGUGUAUAUCCAAAGUGUUUUGAAUGUAACUGUGAUCCAAAUAAAGAAGUCUGUGUUUUUGACAAAAAUGGACACAGAUGUGUUUGCAAAGGUACUUUCAGUAAUAAAUGCAAUGAAUGUGAGGAUUGUGGAGCUAAAGGUGAAUGUGGUAUCGUUGAUGGGGUUGAAAGAUGUGUUUGCAAAAAUUCUGAAUUAAUUUUUCCUGGAUGUACAACAGCAUGUCCCAAAAAUAGAAUUCCAGCUUUAACUGAAGAGGGAAUAGUAACCUGUCUCUGUGAAGAUUUUAAAAAGCCAAUUGAUGGGUUUUGUUUGAAUUGUCGAAAUGACAGAGAUUGUGGAAAGGGGGCUGAAUGCAUUCAAAACGUUAGAGAUGGCUCUCUAAAUUGUCAAUGUACAAAUCCAGAUAAGGUAUUUCCAAACUGUAAGGAAGACUGCAAAGGACACUACUGCCCUUGUGUGGACUUCAACUGUCCUGAAGGAGAAAUAUGUGCUGUUUAUGAAAAAAAACCUAUUUGCAUUUGCAACAGUGAUAAUAACUGCAAAAAGUGCAAUCCUUCUUUAGAUAGAGCUUGUAGAAAUCAAGGAGGUAUAUGUAAAAAGAUAGAUGGAAAAGAUGUUUGUAGUUGUGAUGGUGGCACAGAUAUUUGUCAACUUGAAUGUGACCCACCAUGUAGAGGUAAUCAGAACUGCAGAGCCAAGGAAGGAGGACUACCCCAGUGUGUUUGCAAAAAUGGAGGUACUCUUCCACUUUGUGAAGAUGAUGAAGGGUGUGAAAAUUGUAAAGGAAGAUGUGUGUUUACAGAAGAUGGGGGAAGAAUAUGUAUUUGCAGCAAUGGUGGCAAUCCUCCACUUUGCACUCCAAAAGAAGUAACAGAAACACCACCAUCUGAAUGUGGAAAAUGUAAUGGAAUAUGUGAAACAAAUCCCAACACAAGAGAAAAAGAAUGUGUUUGUCCAAACAAUAUUAGUAGUCCCCCAGAUUGUUUCCCCCCAUUUGAUCCGUGCAAAGAUUUAGACUGUGGCAAUGCAGAUUGUAUUAUUCUAAGAAACAGGCCAACCUGCAUAUGUAGCGAUAGAAAUCUUAAACCACCAUCCUGCUUACCUGGAUGUGAAUGUGAAGGAAAUAAAAUAUGUCAAAAUGGAAGGCAGGGAGAAUGUGUUUGCCCUCCAGGAAGAAAAGAGCCUGAUUGUAAGCGCUGUGGUUUAGACUGUGGGAGAUCUGCAUUUUGCUCAGUAGUUAUCAGAACUAAACAAGAACAAUGCUUUUGUAGAAAUGGCGGAAUCUAUCCUGAUUGUAAAACUGAUGAAUGUGACAAAACCUGCAAAGAAAAUGAGAUUUGUGUUUUGAAAAAUGGCAAAGCAAAAUGUAUAUGUAAGACAUUUACUGAUAUAUGUUCUCCAAAUUCCUGUCAGAAAGAUUGUGGUUCAUCUGGCAAAUGUGUGCUGACCGGAAACAGAAGAGAAAAGUGUAUUUGUUUGGAUGGAAGUGACAAUUUUCCAGCUUGCAAUGGACCAUGUCAGACCAAAAUUUGUAAAAAUGGAAGAUGCAAUGUGAAAAAUGGAGAUGCUUUCUGUCCCUGCCCUAGUGAUCCUAAUAUUGAUGAAGAUGAUUCUGAAUGUGAUCCAUGUGCUAAACUCAAUUGUGAGGAUAGAAAUGGUAUAUGCAUACAAAGAGAGAAUGGAGAUUAUGAAUGUGCAUGUGCAAACUUGUACGGAAAUUUUCCUAUAUGUAAAGAUGAUGAAACUGAUUGUGAUCCUUCAUGUGAACCUAGAGGAGAAUGUGUUAUGGCAGGUGGUAUAUUUUUUUGUAAGUGCAAGGCAAACAGUGGAUUUUGGCCUAGUUGUGAUGGAACUGGAUGUACAAGAGAUUUUAUUGGAAGAUGUAAGCAGAAAAAUGCUCAAUGUGUUGUUGACAAUGAAACUCCAAGAUGUGUGUGCAAUAGUAAAGCUGGAAUAUAUCCAAACUGUGGGCUAUCAGUAGACUGCACACCAGAAGUGACAAAAGAGUGUAGAAAAAAUAAUGCUGAAUGUGAUAAUGGGGAGUGUGUGUGUGAAGACAAAUCAAAAGUCUACCCCGAAUGUGGUGGUAGUCAAUGUACUCCUCAAGAAAAAAAGAGAUGCCAAAAUAAUAAUGCAAAUUGUGUUCAAGGGGAAGACGGAGUAAAAUGUAUUUGUAAAGAUGAGUCUAAGGUCUACCCUGAAUGUGGAGGUGAAUGUUCUUCAAAAGAGGAAAAGAGAUGCCAAAGCAAUAAUGCUAAAUGUGUUCAAGGGGAAGAUGGUCCAAACUGUGUCUGCAUUAAUGGUGGAACCUAUCCAGAUUGUGAAAACACUAAGGAUAUUGGCUGCUUCUGUACCAACGGUGAAUGUGUAGAAGCUGAUGAUGGUCGAUUAGUUUGUGUUUGUAAGAAUGGCGGUCUGCCGCCCAACUGUUUACCAUCUCCUCCAUGUCAAUAUAACACUUGCGGAAAUGGACAAUGUGCUAUUUCACCAAGAGGAACCCCACUGUGUACAUGUGAAAAUGGGGGGAUAAUACCAAAUUGUAUCACUGGCUGUAAUUGUGAUAGGAAUGAGUUUUGUGGUUUUGGUAAAGAGUGUACUUGCCUGUAUGGCUUGAAAAAUGGCAAUUGUAAAAAACAUUGUGACAAGAAGUGUAAAAAUACAGAGCAUUGUGUUGUUGAUCCUAAAUCUGGAGAAGAAAGGUGUGAAUGUGUGUUUGAUUCAUCUUUGACAAGUGGGCAAUGCGAGAAGCCAAAGCUGUGUUCAAAGAGAUGCCAGGAAAAUGAGAUUUGUGUGAUUUACAAAGACAAUUCUGACAAAUGUGUAUGCUCCAAUCUAGAAAACACCUGUCCCGAGGAAAAGUGCAAUAACAAAAAAUGUAACAUCAAAGGCACUUGUGCAAUUAUUGAUAGAGUUGCAACUUGCAUAUGCAAAAAUGGUGCAGGCACAUAUCCAGGAUGUAAAGGACCUUGCAGUGAUGUCAACUGCAAUGGAUUUGGAAAAUGCAUUAUUGAAGAUAACAAGGGAAAAUGUAUUUGCAAAUAUGAAAAGAGCGGGGAUAAGAAAACUGACUACCCUGCAUGUGAUAAUCCUUGUGAUAACAUAGACUGUGGUGGAAAAGGACUAUGUGUACAGUUUGAGAAUGGACUGCCUGCAUGUAUAUGCAAAGACAAAAAUUAUCACAAUUUCCCAAUCUGCUCAAAUCCUGAAAAUGUAUGUGAUCUUAUUAAAUGUGGUUCAGAUGAAGAGUGUAUUACACUUAAAGGUGUACCAACCUGUGUUUGUAAAAAUGGAAAAGGGCAGCCUCCAUUCUGUGAAGACAGAAAACUCUGUGGACCUCUUGCUCAAAAAGCCUGUGAACCUGAAGGGAAGUGUGUAGUAAUGUUCUUGCACCCUGUUUGUAUUUGUAAAUCUUCCCAUGGGACAUACCCCCAGUGUGCAGAGGUUAAACCUGAAUGCAAGAAUAAGAGUGAUUGUAAGGACGAUGAGGAAUGUCCUUCAAAUCCAGCUGGACGAAGUGAGUGUGUGUGCCCUGUACCUAAUCACCCCUCCUAUGCUAACUGUGAUGUUGGGGAUUGUGAUAUCUGUAACUGUGCUCCAUGUAAACAAGGACAGCAAUGUACCCCGGUGUUUGAAAAUGGUGUUCUACGCCGGAAUUGUGGAGAAGAUACCGAGUGUGCUGAGAAGUCAGAUUGUAAAAAUGAUCAACUGUGUCGAAAAGAUAAAAACAACAAAAAAACCUGCCAAUGUCCAACUAUUCAAAGUCCUGAGUAUGAUUCCUGUGACCCGGAGACCUGUGAUCUUUGUAAAUGUGCACCUUGCGAAAAAGGAGAAACAUGCACUGUGAGUGCCAAGAAUGGAAUUUUGCAGAGGUUGUGUGAAAAGAAAUGUAAAAGGAAGUCUGAUUGUGUGUCCGACCAAGAAUGUGUGGAUGGAAUAUGUGAUUGUCCUGUACCCUCUGAUGAUCCUGCGUAUGCUGGUUGUGAUGCUGAAGAAUGUGAUGUGUGUAAUUGUGCUCCGUGUAAAAAAGGACAAACCUGUACAAAGACAUUCAAAAACGGAGUUCUCAGACGAGAAUGUGGGGAGAAUGUGAAAUGUAAGGAUAAAUCUGAUUGUGUAAAUGAUCAAGUUUGUCCAGAAGAUAAUAGAGAAAAUAAUAUUGAAAGAGAGUGUAGUUGUCCUUUGCCCAACAGUGUUGCAUACCAAAACUGUUCUCAGGAUGAAUGUGAUUUAUGUAAAUGUGCUCCAUGUGAAAAAGGACAGAAAUGUGCUGUCAGUUUCACCGAGGAACUAACAUUAGUCAGAACCUGUGGAAGUGACACGGAACUGCCCCCUUGUAAGAGUAAGAAAGACUGCAUAAAUGACCAAACCUGUCCUAAAUCAAGUAAGAAUAACCGGUGUCAGUGUAAUAUACCUUCUGAAGAUGAAUACUCGAAUUGUGAUCCAACAGUUUGUGAUCUCUGUGCAUGUGCUCCCUGUCCAAAAGGAGAAGUAUGCUCGGUGGAUACUAAAGAUAGCCUUAUAACUGUAAGAACCUGUCGUAAAAAAAAUAAGGAACUGCCCCCUUGUAAGACUAAGAAAGACUGCAUAAAUGACCAAACCUGUCUUAAAGUAGGCCAGGUGUGUGUGUGUAAAAUAUCUGCUGAACACCCUUACUCGGAUUGUGAUCCAGCAGUAUGUGAUAUAUGCGCAUGCGCGCCAUGUCCUAAAGGAGAAGUGUGCGUGGUUAAUAAUCGAGAAAAAGUUUUUUUCCGAACUUGUGGAAAAACUAACUGUGAUAAGGAAUGUCCAAAAGGACAAAAAUGUGUCCUAAGAGGUGACAAGCAGGUUUGUGGUCGGAAAACAUGUGAAUCUGACAAGGAUUGUGAGGAAGAAGAAGAAUGCAAACAAGAUAAUGGAGAUAGAACUUGUCAAUGCAGAUGCAGAGAAGAUCCAAAAACUGGAGUUUGCGAGAAACCCUGUAAUAUCUGCACUUCUCCUCAACUAUUCAAAAAUGAAUGUGGAGCAUAUGCUGAGCAUGCUGGCUGCUAUCCACCCUCCAAGUUGGUUCCCAAGGCAGAGUGCACAUGCUUCUUUACUCAAAACAAAAAAAAUUGCAAAUCCUACGAUGCAAGUAAAAGGUGUCCAGUGUUUACAGGGAGAACAGAUGAGAGAAGACUUGUUUUCUACAGCGCAGUCUCAGACAAGAUUUAUAUUCGAGAUGUCUAUUAUGGUGAUGUUAUAGAACUAAACUGCGAGAAAGGGUGCAUCGAAAUAAAAAAGUCAAUGUACUAUUGCAAUGCAGCAAGAGGAAUGGAACUAGGGUUAGUGGAAAAACAUUUGAAGAUUGGGAAAUCUAUUUGUGAUGGCUAUGAACGAUGUGUUCUGCAAGCAAUUGGGGGUAUAUUUGAUAUUGGAGAUAAUUUUGCGGAAUGCCAGAAAUCAGAUUUGCCUUAUGUACUUUGGAUAGAGUAUACAUGUCGAUGGCCUACAAAGGAUCAAAAAGAAGGAGUUUGGAAAGUAAACGAUCUGUUUGAUAAAAUCUCAUAUGACAGAUUUGACAACAAAAAACAGGCAGAUCAGAAAAAGCAUCUAAAUUACAAUUGGAAAGGAAAGGACCAGUGUUUUGGCAUUUGUCUAAGUAAAACCCUACUCCCAAAGGGCAUUGACCAAGUAGCAUACCCUGAAGCAAGACUGAAGGCAAUCAAGAAAAUACCCAAGUACCCUGGGUCAAGAAACAAACGACCAACUGGUCAAAAUAUUAAUCCGCCAGAUAAAGAAAAUGAUGGAUAUUAUGUUGAUUAUGAAGAGGAUGGAGGUGAAUAUGAGGAUGGGGGUUAUUAUGAGGAUGGGGGUGAAUAUGAGGAUGGGGGUGAAUAUGAGGAAGGCCAGGAUAAGGAUAGAACGAAGAAAAAGAAGAAAAAGAAGGAAAAGAAGAAAAAGAAGGGUGGAUAUGAUGAUGGAUAUAAUGUUGAUUAUGAAAAGAAUACAGAAGAUUAUAUAAAGAAUACAGAAGAUUAUAUAAAGAAUACAGAAGAUUAUAUAAAGAAUACAGAAGAUUAUGUGGGUAGCUAUAGAUCAAUCUAUGGAUAAAUCCUAUUUACAUAAAUAAACUUAAUUUUAUAAAUUACAAUAAACAAAUUCAUAGAAUGUU